UUGUCGCCACGAAAUGGUUCAAUGGUUCGUCGCUUCGCUUCGGUUUCAAUUCCUUCGAGUGGUUUAUCCGUGCGAUUCCCCCGGGGGAGGAAAAUGGACGAAGAAAACCUACAGCACUUACAGCGCGCACAAGCUGCGUGGUUGAGCCGUGGACCAUCCACGCCGAUCGCUAUGGUUUCCACUGCCAAAGUAUGCCAAACAAACGCGGCUAUAACGAGUGCCUUCCCACCCGACUUCACUGCUACCUUCCUUGGAAGUGCCCGUUUCGCAUAAAUGGCCGAUUCGCAAGCUCGUUUCUUCCUUCCGAUUCCGAGUCAGUUCGUUUCCGUCGAUUGGCGCAGCCUGUUGUUCCGUUCUGAAAGUGUCCGUUCCCGGGGGGCGGCGGCGAGUUUCCUUCUUCCAUCACCGCUUGUUGACGGUUGGCGGGAUCGUGUCGAUCGUGUGUGGCGUUGACCCAUCACCAGGAACAGGAAGCGGCCCAUCAGAUGGGCCAUUAGGCGAUCAACACCUACCAUCCAUCAACCACUGACUCAGCGAAACGCAUCGGGUUUCCGCAUCCGCGACAACGUGUCAAUUGUCACGGCGCAAUCACACUGCGGAAGAAGAGGUUUCACCAUGCUAUCGCCUGGCAACCUAGAUGAGAUCAAGGAACGCAUCAGCAAAAAUGAAGAGAAAAUCAACGUUCUUCAGGCGAUUAACAAUGUGCUGAAGGAGCGCCAUGAGAUCGAGUCCAACUACAAGAAUCUUGCGCACAAGUUCCGCGAGAUGCAGGAAGAAGAGGCACACCGGCGCGCGAAGGUAUGUAGUGUACGUGACUGUUUACUGGGCCGGCCGCACCCACAAACACCGCCUACUCACGCCACUGCUCGCGCUCUCCAACUCGCACCCCGGGGCUCCCCCUACCACACUCCACAGUUCGACGAGGCCCGCAAGAAGCAGCUGGCGGAGCUGCAGGCGAAGGGUGAGGCGCUAUGCCGGGAGAAGGCGAAGCUGCAGCACCAGAUCGAGCACGUGACGUGGCACCUGGAGGGUUGCCGCCGUCGCCGACCAUGCCUAGCGCGGCUACCGGAAAACUGCCCGCUCAAGGGCGACGCACCGAGUUGCCUGCCGCAUUCACCGGAAAAGUUGAAAAUCAUGGCGAGCAUGAAGAGCACGGCUGACCACCUCGUACGGAGCAUCAUGGAUUUGAGGAAGAAGAUACACAUCGUGCAGGACAAGCUGGAACAUGAAGUUGCGCGCAAAAAGGAGAUGGAGAAAAAGUUGGCCGAGCUACGGAAGGAAAUCUGUCGCCACAACAAGUGCAUGCAGCAGCAGCAGCAGCAGCAGCAUCAUCAUCAUCAUCAGCAUCAUUCGCACCAUCACCACCAUGCGCAGCACGGGCAUCACCAUCACCACCACACGGUACCAGGUGGUGGUGGUGGUGGCGGUGGUGGUGGCGGUGGUGGUGGCGGCGGUGGCGGUGGCGGCCAUGGUACAACAUCGCUACCACCUAUCUCGAAGAACUGCAUCGCGACCAAGUAGCAGCGAACGAAUUCCGAAAGCGUGCACGCCCGUGCCACCACUCGCAACAAGGCGUGCCCGCUCGGAAAACAUGUGAAGUUACCGAGACCCACGUCGAACACGGUUUCGUAAUAGCGUAUUGCAGUGUUUCUGGCGGAAACCAGGAACUGAUCGAACCGCUGCUUCCUGUUUACCGCUUCACGGCUUAACUGCGGGGUGCACUCGGAUUUCGACCGGAUGCACCCCCCGCCAUAUGGGAGUUCGAUUAUUAUUGGAUAUACUGUUUGUUUUCGAACCCGUGUGUACCACCGAAGCCGUGUUCGAAUUGGGCGUUCAUUCCAUUUUCGUCCCGAAACGCUGGCCCCUGAAUGGAUGGAGGUGUUGGACGACGACGACGACUAGUGCUUUGAUUUGUUUUAUUCCUUCCGCUUUCUCCCAGAGAACACCGUGAAGGAGAAUUGUUAAGCUGUUUUAGGUUUUAAGAGAGACAGGGAGAGAAACAUAGAGAACAGGGUAUGCAGUGGUUGGAGGAGGAGGUGGAGGGGUGUGGGUAGCUUUAAUUGAUAAAGUGGGCGAGAACCGAAACGUUGUGUUAUAGUGAACCCUACCUUAUAGUAACCGGUAAAAGUAAAAGCCCACCUUCAUUAUUUUUUAGAUUUUCGUCUGUGAAUGUUACAUUUUCUUUUUAAAUCAAAACGAGCUAGUUUUCUGUUUUCAAAACGGGCAUUUCAAUCAAAACGGGGGCUAUUGGUGUGUGAACAAACAGACGAAAAUCUAAACGAAAACUAAAGGCGGGCUAAUACUCAUGUUGGGCACUGCAGUUACCGGGCCCUUUUUCCGUUGCCUCAAGUGUUUGCGCGAUACAAAGUUUAAAUUGUUAAUCACUCGUCGUUCGCUUCAAAUGCAGCCAUCGAGCAUCAGCCUUCCGCAAGCCGCCUCUGGAAAUGGAAAUCAGCCCAGAUGAGUUCAUCAGAUCGGAUCGGGAGCUAUACCAUGUGACGAUGCGAUGCCGUUUCCUGCAUUUAUAUCGCCUAACGGUUUUGUUGAUUUUAGCUAGUGCACGACAGAA